GGUGUAAGGCGCGGGGCGGCGGCGGCGGCGCUGUCUGAGGGAAUGCGCCCGGCCAAGAUGGCCGCUGCUGCCGCCGCUGCCGCCGCGGGACGUCACCUGGCGAGGAGCAGCCCCCCGCUGCGGGUGCCGGUGCGGUGGCAGGGCCGGGCGGCGGCCGCGGUGGUGACGGAGAGCGCCAAGCCCCGGGUGCAGCCCCAGGAGCGGAAACCUAAAACUGGCAUCUUGAUGCUGAACAUGGGAGGCCCGGAGCGGCUGGAUGACGUCCACGACUUCCUACUGCGCCUCUUCCUGGACAGGGAUCUGAUGACGAUGCCGGCUCAAAACAAACUGGCCCCGUUCAUCGCCAAGCGCCGCACGCCGAAGAUCCAGGAGCAGUACAGCAGGAUCGGCGGCGGCUCCCCCAUCAAGAAGUGGACGGCGGUGCAGGGAGAAGGCAUGGUGAAGCUGCUGGACAGCAUGUCCCCUCACACUGCACCUCACAAGUACUACAUCGGGUUCCGCUACGUGCACCCGCUGACCGAGGAGGCCAUCGAGGAGAUGGAGAAGGAUGGCAUCGAGAGGGCCGUCGCCUUCACCCAGUACCCCCAGUACAGCUGCUCCACCACAGGAAGCAGUUUAAAUGCCAUUUAUCGCUACUACAAUGAGAAGGGGGAGAAGCCGAAGAUGAAGUGGAGCAUUAUCGACCGGUGGCCCACACACCCCCUCCUCAUUCAGUGCUUCGCUGAUCACAUCCAGAAGGAGCUGAACCUGUUCCCUCCGGACAAAAGGAAAGACGUGGUGAUCCUCUUCUCGGCCCACUCGCUGCCCAUGUCUGUGGUGAACCGGGGGGAUCCGUAUCCUCAAGAAGUGGGAGCCACAGUCCAGAGGGUCAUGGAGAAGCUCAACUACUCCAACCCUUACAGGCUCGUGUGGCAGUCCAAGGUUGGACCAAUGCCUUGGCUUGGUCCCCAGACAGACGAGACCAUUAAAGGGCUGUGCCAACGAGGAAAGAAGAACAUGUUGUUGGUCCCAAUAGCAUUUACAAGUGACCACAUCGAAACCCUGUAUGAGCUGGACAUCGAGUAUUCCCAGGUUUUAGCAAACGAGUGCGGAGUUGAGAACAUCAGGAGAGCAGAGUCCCUCAAUGGAAACCCGCUGUUCUCCAAGGCCCUGGCAGACCUGGUGUGCUCCCACCUGCAGUCCAACGAGGUGUGCUCCCGCCAGCUGACCCUGUGCUGCCCGCUCUGCGUCAACCCCGUGUGCAGGGAGACCAAGGCCUUCUUCGCCAACCAGCCGCUGUGAGCCCGGCACAGCCGCCCGGCACAGCCGCCCCCGU